AUGAACGGGCUACGAACAGCGGCGGCGAGGACGCCCACAAGUAAACAGAUUUCUCUGUCUUCAAUCGCGAGGCCCUCAUCCAAUGGCUCCACCCUUCGUCGCCAGAUCAUUCAACAAAGUCGAAAUUUACAAUUUUCUACAGUGGAAUCUUCGAGACCUGCGACUCUUUCAUAUCCUGCGCCUUUGCGAUCACGAUUCCUUCCAGAAGAAAUUAGAUCUGUAGUAUACCCAGCAUCCUCGCGGCAUUUCCAUGAAAGCUCGAGACUAAGCAAAGAAAAGAAGGCAAAUCCAGCAGACCCAGCAGACCGAGCAGCAAAGGAAGAAGCUACAGAAGAAGAGCCUAGUAAAAAGGAAUCUGCUAAAGACUCAGAAUCUACUUCCGGAGAGGAUAAGACCAAGAAAGAAGGAGAGGGCAGUGAAGGCAAAAAAGAGGGAUCCAAAGAGGCCCCUCCACCCCCACCACCCCACGGAGACAAAACUCCAUGGCAAGUCUUCACCGAAACCCUGCAAAGCGAAUUCAAGGCAUCAAAAGAAUGGAAUGAAUCUACCAAGCAAUUGGCCGAAGGUGCCCACCAAUUUACAGAGAACGAAAAUGUCAAGCGUGCCAGGCAAGCUUUCGAAACUACCACUGGAGCAGUAACCUCGACAACAGGCAAAGUUUUAAAGACUACUGCAGGCGCCGUUGGUAAGGGAGCUGCUUGGACUUGGGAAACUCCAGUUGUGAAGGGUGUGAGAACUACUGUUAAUGCUACAGCCAAUGUACUUGACAAGGCGACACAACCAAUCCGACAAACGGAGGCAUACAAGAAUGUUAAGAAUGUGAUUGAUGAUGGCAGUAGCUCGAGGUAUGGUGGAUGGGUUGAGAAAGAAGAGAGGCGGAAAGCAAGAGAGUUGCGGGAAUUGCAAGAGGGUUCUACUGGCAAAAUCAAGGAGGUCCCAAUAGAAGAUCCUAACGCCGGAACAAAUGUCACCCUACACAAAGAUUCAGCAUACAAAGAAGCUUGGAGAGAUUUCCGCGACUCAAAUCGUGUCAUGCAAUCUUUAUUCUCUAUGAAAACCGUCUAUAACGAAUCCGAAAAUCCAUUGAUCUCAACUGCCCGCAGCAUAUCUGAUCGAGUUGCUGGUUUCUUCGCCGAAAACGAGACCGCCCAAGUAAUUAAGAAAUUCCGCGAAAUGGACCCCUCCUUCCAAAUGGAACCUUUUCUCCGCGAAAUGCGCGAAUACAUUCUUCCCGAAGUUCUCGAUGCAUAUGUAAAAGGCGAUACCGAAACCCUCAAACUCUGGCUUUCCGCAGCCCAAUUCUCCGUCUACGAUGCUCUAUCAAAACAAUACACAACUGCUGGUCUCAAAUCUGAUGGCCGCAUUCUCGAUAUCCGACAUGUUGAAGUCCUGUCGGCGAGAAUGUUAGAUAAUGAUAUUCCAGUCUUUAUCAUUACUUGCAGAACCCAAGAAGUCCACGUAUAUAGAAACGCAAAGACAAAUCAAUUAGCUGCCGGUAUGGAAGAUAAGGUACAAUUGGUCACCUAUGCAAUCGGUGUUACAAGAGUGGCGGAAGAUGUUAAUAAUCCAGAGACGAGAGGUUGGAGACUCAUUGAGUUGCAGAAGAGCGGAAGAGAUUACAUAUGA